UGAUGCUCCACUCAUACUGUCAGUCACCUCUCACUCUCACACACCCACUGUAGCUGCCAGCCUGCCACUCGGACUCUCGGUGAGAACUUAGCAAGGGAUUGACAAUGCCGUCGGUGGGGGGUGUCGAGGAAGAAGAGCCCAGGGACUCAUCGGAGUACAAGCUCCGGAAGCAGCUCCUGCUGCUGGCCGCGCUCGUGGUCAGCGUCACCUACGUGGCAGGGCUCACUCCGCCAGGCGGAGUGUGGCAGGACGAUGGGCCUGGCGUCAACGCUGGAGGCCCCGUCCUCCGGAUCACGCACCGCCGCCGGUUCCUCUCAUUCUACUACUGCAAUUCCACCGCGCUCGCCGCGUCGCUCGUGGUCAUCUUCCUCCUCCUCCUCAAGAACCCCACCAGGAUACAGCUCGCCGUGCUGCGGCUGGUCAUGGUGCUCGACCUGCUCGGCCUCAUGGGGGCCUACCUCGCCGGCAGCUGCGGCGACAGGCCCGCCACCGUGUACGCCACGGCGCUGGUGCUCGCGCUGUCGGCCUACGUCGGCGUCCACAUCCUCCAGGGCUUGUCGCACUCCCAACCCCCACCAGCGCCGGUGGAAAGCGUCGGCGGCGGCGAGGAGGAGAAUCUCCGGCGACGCGCCGCCGCGUCCUCCAGCGUCCUCAAGCCCAAAGAACGGUGCAAGGUCUUGCUGCUGCUCGCCACCUUCACCACGGCCCUCACCUAUGUCGCCGGCCUGAAUCCGCCCGGCGGCUUCUGGGACACGCUGGACGGCGGCCGGCGUGGAGGCUACCGACCCGGCGACUCUCUCGUCGAGGUGCACCACCGCGGCCACUUCAGGAUGUUCUUCUACUGCAACACAACCGCGUUCGUCGCGUCGCUCUUCAUCAUCGUGCUCCUCCUGGACAAGAAACUCAGCGCCAGGACGGCGCGGUCAUUCGCGCUGCACGUGUUCGUCCUCAGCGCGCUGCUCGGCCUGUUGGCGGCCUACGACGCCGGUAGCUGCCGAGACGCCAACUGCAGUGUCUAUGUCGUCAGCCUGUUCGGGGCAGUUCUCGCGUUCAUCUUCCUCACAAUGGUGGCUAUCAUCUCACUGAAGGGCCUUUGUGCCGACCCGGCACCGGAAUCUAACAACAAUAAUCGUGUCCACGACGAUGAAGCGACAUCACCGGCGACCUCAAAUGCACAUGGCAGCGUCGUCAACAAUGCAGGAGAGGUGAGCACAGCCAACACGAUCGAGAAAAAGGCAAUAAAGAAGGUGAAGUCUCUCGUUCUGCUCCUUGCCAAUCUCGCGGCGACCGUCACCUACCAGGCAGGUCUGGACCCGCCGGGUGGCUUCUGGCCUGACGACGGCGAGGGGCACCGCGCCGGCGACGCGAUACUCCUGUCGAAGGAUCCGGCGCGCUACAAGGCCUUCUUCUACUGCAACUCGGCGGCCUUCGUGGUGUCCCUGGUAGUCAUCCUCAUGGUCCAGAACGUGAGGCUGGUCAAGAGCCACACCUUGCUGGUGGCCAUGAUGCUGGACAUGUUCGCCCUCAUCGGAGCCUACGCCGCCGGGAGCUGCCGUGACCUCAGGACCUCCGUCCAUGUCGUGGCCCUCGCCGGUGCCGUCCUCGCCUACGUUCUGGUACACGUCCUGUUUUUCACGCUUCGGGCAACCGACUCCGACGGCACGGUGCCGGAGAAGAAGCACAAGCGGCUGCUCUUGGUAGCGAUCCUGGUCGCCACCAUCACUUACCAGGUUGGUCUGACGCCGCCGGGCGGAUUCUGGAUCGAGGAGAACCUCCGCCUCGGACGCCACGCCGGCGGCGCCGUCUUGCUUGACAAGUACCCGCGCCGCUUCGAGGUCUUCUUCUACUGCAACACGGUGAGCUUCAUGGCGUCCAUCGCGCUCAUCCUCCUCCUCGUCAACCCCAACCUCUCCCGCCUCGCCAUACGGUGCUACGCGCUGUACGCGUGCCAGGUGGCCAGCCUGUUUGGUCUCAUGGGCGCUUACGCUGCCGGCAGCGCCCGGAGGCUUCGGACAUCAAUCUUUGCGCUCGUGCUCGUGGUCCUGGUGAUUGCCUUCUUCGUCGCGAACAUCAUCGUGUUCAGAUUGUUCAAAACGAGGACGUCGUCGGCUUCAGCGGAUGCGCCGGCAGCGGCAGAGGAAGAAGAACCUACGACAGCCAGAGAUGCCGAAGAGACGGAGUACCGCGACGAGGUGUACGCCAAGCGCAAGUACCUGAUGCUGCUCGGGAUCCUCGCCGCGAGCGUCACAUACCAGGCCGGCCUAGCGCCGCCGGGCGGCCUGUGGCAGGACGACGGCGGCGGCACUCAGCAGCGAGAGGCUGGGAACCCGGUGCUGCACGACACUGACCAGCGCCGCUACCACGUGUUCUUCUACAGCAACUCCACCUCCUUCGUCGCGUCGGUGGUCGUCAUCGCGCUUUUGCUGCAGCAGAUCCUGCGGCGGCACCGCCCGGAGAAUCACGAGCUGCUCCUGCUCGCCACGAACACUGCCGUCGUGCUGGAUCUGCUGGGCCUCCUGGCGGCCUACGCGGCCGGAAGCACCAGGGAGUGGGGGAACGUCGCCGUGUUGCCUGUUCUUGUUCUGAUUUUCAUGGCGAUCCACGUCGCGGUUUGGUUGUUCGGUGAGAGACGACGAUGCAGCCAAGGUGGUGGCGGAGGAAGUGCGAGCGGCCGGAUGGAAGAACAAGUAGUAAAUGGUCAUGAUCAGUCUUCCCAUGUUGAGAACGUUUAGAUUAUUAGUUCUUACCCUGGCGGUGUCAUGUGCACGCUUGGCUGCAGAGUUGUGUUUAUAAUCCUAAGGGCUUAUGUGGAGGUUGCAAGACGGGUUUUAAUGAAUUGUGUUCU